AUGUGGCACCGUGGGCUAUCACUUAGAGUGUUUGCAAUGUGUUUCCAAGGCUGCCCCCUCACAAGAGCCACAGCUGUCCAGCCAUGGCUGGGGCCCCCUCAGGCCUGCUCCCAGCACCCUUGUGUCUGAAUGUUCCUCAUUCGCUCUUCUUGGGGGAGGAUCCUUUUCCCUCUGGAGCAUGAUGGCCAUGGGACAGUUCUAUCUCUUCUCCCUGGUCCUGGGCACCCUGGGCUCCCUCUGUGUGCUCUUCACUGUCUACUGGGUACAGCACUGGCGUGGCGGCUUUGGCUGGGAUGGCACUAAUCUCAUGUUCAACUGGCACCCAGUCCUGAUGGUGACUGGCAUGGUCGUGCUGUAUGGGGCUGCCUCCUUGGUGUACCGCCUGCCCCAGUCCUGGGUGGGGCCCAAGUUGCCGUGGAAGCUGCUCCAUGCGGUGCUGCACCUGGUGGCCUUUAUCCUGGCGGUGCUGGGGCUGGUUGCCGUCUUUAACUUCCACUACCACAACCGGAUCUCGAAUCUCUACUCCCUGCACAGCUGGCUGGGGAUCACGGCCGUCGCCCUUUUUGCCUGCCAGUGGCUUCUGGGCUUUACCAUCUUCCUGUUACCCUGGGCAUCGCUGUCGCUCCGCAGCCUCCUCAAGCCCAUCCAUGUCUUCUCUGGGGCUAUCAUCCUGUCCCUGUCCAUGGCCUCGGUCCUUUCCGGAAUCAACGAGAAGCUCUUCUUCAGUCUGAAGAACGCAACUGCCCCCUACUCCAGCCUCCCCCCGGAGGCCUGCUUUGCCAACAUCACCGGAAUGCUGGUGGUCGCCUUUGUGGGAAUUGUGCUCUACAUCCUCCUGGUCUCGUCAUGGAAGCGGCCCGAACCAGGCGUCCUGACCGACAGACAGCUUCGGUUCCAGCUGGGACCUGGAUCUCGGCCUUACCCUGUUGCCUACAUGCCGGUUGCGUCCGGGCCCUCCCAAUAACUCUGCCAACCUGUCCUCUCAAGAAACUUGCAUCAUAGUGGGGACUAAUAACAGGGCUGCCUUUGGACUUGAUCUUCCAGACUCUUCUCGCCCCUCACCCCUCACUAGGCUGGGACCUGCUCCUGGCCCCUCAGGUUCAGCCUCCUAACACCCCCCACUCCCAGCACCCUUCCUCAGGAACUCUUCACACUCUUGGAAAUGGUGGAGAAGACUCGGGUGGCGCCAUCAUCCCGGCAGGGCCAGGGGCACCGUUGGACCAUCCGGCUUCCAGAGCUGCCUCUUCUUCACCCAUCCCUGCCCACUUGGACACAGCCAGAUUUCCACCCCCUCUCUGGGCUGGGCUGACCAAGGCCCCAGGAGGGCAGCAUGAACCCUCCCAGAGCGAGUCCCCAUACGCCACGCUCGGGCGCAGAUGCCUCACAGGAGACUCAGACUCCUGAGCUAAAUCUACUUCUCGCUCCUUCUGAGGCUGGUCUUUUCCUUGUUUCCCCUUCUCAUCGCUGGUGUGGUCCUCUGCUUCCCUCCCAAACCAGGCCUGGCUUGGCCAAGGGCUCAGGCUCUCCGAGCGUGGCCUGCUAGUUGGACAGCAAACCCAGGAAGGUGUAGCACUCUCAUAGCUCUCCUCGGAGCACUCAGCCCACUGGCUCGGCGAGUGGCCCGCAUUUGCAGGCCAGGGUGCAGCUGGGCUCAGCCUCUUUGGGCUGCCUGAAAGUUUUCAUUCAGUGUAUUUUUAAGGAUCCAAGACUGCCAGGCUUUCUGGCUUGAUGAUAUCAGCAAAUUUUGCCUCAAUGCAAAGGGAAGACACACUUUCUAAGGAGCGUGAUCGGAGCUGAGCUUAUUUAGUGUAGAGUGGGGCCGAUCCUGCAGGGGGGCUGGGGCUGUGUGGCCUCUGGCCAGGGUUCUGUCGGAGCUCCUCCUGCCCUGCUAAGGCCAAGGCCUUAGCACUGCUGAGCUUGAGGGGAGGUGGCUUUUCUACUUGUGAAGAUCCUUUCUAACUUCCUAAGUUGUAAUCUUUUAACCCCUCCUUACCAGUAAAGUUGUUUUUACUGCA